CUUCCCUUUCCGACUAGCCAAUAACUUUGUAAUAUACUCCAUCCAAACAAUUCCGUUUUUACUUCCUUUUGCAAUCAUCAAUCCAUGCCAUAUAAUUCCUUCCAAGAAUGCUUCUAAGAAUCUCUUGCACGCGUUGCAAAACCAAAGUCUUCUUCUUCAAUGAACGGUGAACCCCAAGACAUCCAAACCCAGCUACCACUCGCCAUGUUCAUCCUGCUCUCCUUCCUUCUUUUCCUCUGUCCAACCUCUCUCCUUACCGAAUCCACAUCCCUCCCAUCCCUCCCACUCUCCACAAGCUCACGAUGGGUUGUGGAUGCUGCGGGGCGGCGAGUGAAGCUCGCCUGCGGGAACUGGGCAGCUCACAUGGAGACUGUGGUGGCGGAGGGGCUCGACAAACAGCCCAUCAAGACAAUAUCGGAGCGCAUCGCAUCUAUGGGCUUCAAUUGUGUGAGGCUUACUUGGCCUACUGAUCUUCUCUCUGAUCCGUCCUUGGCGUCCCUCACCGUUCGGGCGUCCCUUCUGCGACUUGGUUUGAUGGAGGCCGCCGCCGGCGUCCAGGCCAAUAACCCGGAGAUCAUGGAUCUUACCCUGUUUCAAGCUUUUCAGGCUGUGGUGUCAAAUCUAGCUGACAGCAACAUCAUGGUUAUACUUGACAAUCAAAUAACCAAACCUGGCUGGUGCUGUAGCAAGCUUGAUGACAAUGGCUUCUUUGGUGACAAAUUCUUUGAUCCUGAAGAGUGGUUGGAGGCUCUCACUAAAAUGGCAACAUUAUUCAGAGGAUCAACAAAUGUAGUUGGCAUGAGCCUAAGAAAUGAGCUCAGGGGUCCUAAUCAAACUCUCGAUGGCUGGUACAAAUACAUGCAAAGAGGUGCAGAGGCAGUGCAUUCAGCAAACCCAGAAAUUCUAGCUAUACUGUCUGGCUUGGAUUAUGACAAGGACCUUAGCUUUCUUUCUAUGAAGCAAGUAGAGUUGCCGUUUACUGAUAAGCUAGUAUUUGAGCUGCAUUGGUAUGGGUUCUCAGAUGGCCAGGACUGGCAGAAUGGAAAUUCUAAUGAAGCUUGUGGAAAUGCAACUAGUAACUUUAUUCGAAAGGGAGGCUUCUUGCUAAAAGAUGGGUGGCCUUUGUUCCUGUCGGAAUUUGGUGUGGAUGUCAUGGGUAACAGUCUAGCUGAUAACCUCUUUCUCAGUUGCUUUCUUAGUGUGGCAGCAGAAUUGGAUCUGGAUUGGGCUAUAUGGGCAUUACAAGGUAGCUACUAUCGCCGAGAGGGACAGCUUGAUUUUGACGAGACUUACGGCGUGUUAAGCCGGGAUUGGAGUAAGGCCAGAAAUGAAAGAUUUGUUUAUAGACUUGCUGGUGUUCAGAAACCCUUUCAAGGGCCUGGCCUUUCCAACGUCCCGCAGUACAACAUUAUCUUCCAUCCAUUAACUGGACUAUGUAUUCAAAAGAAAUCUUUGUUUAAAUUGGAGCUUGGUCCCUGUGCUCAAUCAGAUUCUUGGAAUUACACACUAGAAGAUGAUAUCAUGGAAAAGAGCUCAGGAUUUUGCCUACAAGUUGAAGACAUUGGAAAGCCUCCGAAGCUCGGAACUCAAUGUGGUGAGUCUAGUUCCAAAUGGAAGCUGAUAUCUGACUCAAAAAUGCACAUUGCCUCUGAGAUGGCCGUCAAUGGGAGUGCUGUUUGUUUAGAUGUUAGUCCUGAAGGUUUCAUUGUAACCAAUUUCUGUAAGUGUUUGAGAUAUGAAACGUGCAGCCCUGAGAGCCAAUGGUUCAAGAUUAUAAGCAGCACCAGAUAUGAAACUGAACAAAAGGCCUUGAUGGAUCUACUUCCCACUGGAGCAUUAGAUGUAUAUACACCAAUUGUUGGUCGGAGGAGAUAACUUUAGGAAAAUAAAUUCUUACAAAUUGUAAAAUAUCACCAUGAAUACUUUGAUUUCAUUUGUGUUCAAUGGUAAAACUUUCAAACAUUUUAUUAAGGGUUGUUUGGUUGUCUGUAACUAAAAUUACAUAUAAGUGAAAUUACAGUGUAAGUGAAAAU